AUGGCCGACUACAACCAUAGACGGGCGGCAUCGGAGCUUCUUGCUUAUAGACAGGUUGCCGGCGGCGCCGUUUAUGUCCAGGAUCGUCUUUCCGUCAGCCAACGCCCGGGUUCAGCUGGAACCCUGUUUGCGCACCCGACACCCCGGGGCCACCACAUGGUUGAUCAAAACGGAAGCAAGUACGCCAACACGAAUUUUCACUACCGAUCACAGUCUUACGAAAACCCUUGCAGCUGGGACGCGUACGUGGAAGAGGCGCGGAAGCGAAAGCAGCACAAGUUCAGCGAUAUCAAACUACACAGCAGCUACGGAAGCCCCGUCAACUUGUCGCCCCCGGAAGGAAUGUCAUCAAAGGCCGGCCUGGCAACCCAGGCGCUGCCUCCUUCCCCAUCCAAGGUGCCGAAUCAAACUUUUGUACCCGGCAGAACGGCCCGAGCCCGCGCCUUUUCGCACUCCGCGCCAAAGGGCUUCCAGAAUACCGUCAUCGAGUCUUCGGUUCCAGAGGAGGAUGAGCAGAUAGAGGCUGCUCGUAAUUGGAAUAAAGCGCACCAAAAUAACGCGUCUCACGGGAACAUGGUCAAGCAGCCGGCUCUGCCGUAUGUGGGCAUGACGGAAGACGAAGCCAAAGCGGUUUCAAAUCUACGACAGCGCCGUCAACAACGGCAGCUUAAGAUUGCGGGAAAGCCGCACUCUAAGCAACCGGGUUGCAGGCACAUUCUGCGCCAUCGCCAAGAACACUCAAGGCCAGCCGGUCUUCACCUCAGCUCCGGGACGCUGCCGGCCCGCCACCAAUAG